ACUAAAGCUGACGCACGACUCUGACUGCGGUGAAGAUGACUUGGAGGCGAAUCUAAAGCUCCAACAAGUUGCUCAGAGUCAUUCACUGCGGGUGCUGAAAGGAGAGAUGAAAAGCAGCAACGGGCGUGCGUUGUCACUCCUCUUUCCAUCAUUUGCUGCCCACGGUGAAUAGCGGCGCGGCUGCUGCUGCGCACAAACACAGAGACCCACGCGUGCGCUCCCUCCAAUCCACACGUUUUCAUCUCUAUCUCGUUCAUUCCGGUUCCAGUGACCAACCGGGGGUGACAGAACACAGCUCUGUGAACAUCACCAUUCAGCAAUGCCUUAUAACGAGCAUUAGUGGCAGUAGGAGAAAUGUGUGGCUGACAGGUGCUAUGGUCAAGCUGCUGCGCUAGGCUAGGGGCGAAGAAGGCGGAAUGAAAACAGAGGUGGCGGGGCUUUCUCUCCUCAGUCAAGUGGAUUGUUAAAUGUUCCUUUCGCUUCCUUUGACGAACAUGCUUUAUUUUCAGCUGGUGAUCAUGGCGGGGACGGUCAUGCUGGCAUACUACUUCGAGUACACGGACACGUUUAACGUGCACGUCCAAGGGUUCUUCUGCUAUGACAAUGCCUACGCGAAGCCGUACCUCGGACCGGAGGAGUCCAGCGCGAUCCCUCCCGCUCUACUGUAUGCGCUCGUGGCAGGGGUCCCAACACUUGUGAUCAUGAUCUCAGAGACCGUCCUGUUCUUGAUACAAUACUCGUCCAAAGAGCUGGACAGUCAGGAGAAGACCAUGCUGACAGGAGACUGCUGCUACCUCAACCCUCUGGUGCGCAGGACCUUUCGCUUUCUGGGAGUGUACACGUUCGGGCUGUUCACUGUGGACAUCUUUGUAAACGCGGGCCAGGUGGUGACGGGCAAUCUGUCCCCCCACUUCCUGACGGUGUGUAAGCCCAACUUCACGGCCCUGGGCUGCCAGCACGCCCUCCGCUACAUCAGCCACCAAGAGGCCUGCACCGGGAACCAGGAGGAUAUCCUGCGUGCACGUAAAACCUUCCCCUCCAAAGAGGCUGCUCUCAGCGUCUACGCAGCUCUCUAUCUUGCGAGUUACAUCACGUGCACGGUGAAAGCCAAAGGGACGCGGCUAGCCAAGCCUGUUCUGUCCCUGGGUCUGAUGUGUCUGGCCUUCCUCACAGGACUCAACAGAGUGGCUGAGUAUCGGAACCACUGGUCUGAUGUCAUCGCUGGCUUCAUCAUAGGACUGGCCAUCGCUACCUUCCUGGUGGUGUGUGUGGUGCAUAACUUCAAAGGCAAGCUGUUGCUCAGUGAAGACCCCCCGCAUGACAACAUGCCUAGUGCUCCCAUGAUGAACAUGUCCAGAGUGGAGAGCCCACUGGAGAAGUACAUUGCCUCGCAGAAUCACAUCACCUUCGCUGAAGUCACAUGACGUUGAAUCGUCCGUUUUGCAAACCCAUUGGACAUCAACGCUCUUCACCGUCCAAUCAAAAAUGUAAUAGUCGGGGUGCAACGCUAACUCAUUAUGUACGGCUACUGUAUAAGGUCUGUCUGUGUUGUUGUCUUGUCAGUCCCUGUAUCAUAUCCUAUGCCGCAGUCAUGUAAAAAAACUCCUCAAUAGCUUGAUGGGAAGCUCUUUGCUGUGUUUCUCCAUGUGUUUACUGCAUUUAUUUCAUCUAUUUUUGGACUUAAUCCCUAAAUGAGGAAAAUUGACCUGAUUCAACUUGAAUUAACUCGACUUGUCAUUAUAAGCAGAAAUGCUGACACGCUGUGAUCCAGAUGCCACUUUAUACUGUAGAAGAGAGGACUUCAUCAUGGAAGUGACUGAUAUGUUCUUAUUCAUUCUGCCAUCGCUCCAUGUAAAUUAUAUUUCAUCAUUGGACUCUAUUUUGUGUACAAUAAGCAUUGUUACAUUAUCAGUAUCCUAAAUAAUGGGAAGCUAGGGAGCAUUAUUUUUCUCAAAUGUAGCCUACUGUAUGUUGUGUUGAAUUUGUAGAAUUUGAUCAUUUUUAUUCAUGUUGCAGUUCCUAAAGCUGAUACGCCAUCACUUGGAGAGGAGUUGGUUGUCAUCUGUGUGUCAGCGUGUGUCUCCUCUCUCUCUCCCUCCCUCCCUCCCUCCCUCCCUCCCUCCCUCCCUCCCUCCCUCCCUCCCUCUCUCCCUCCCUCCCUCCCUCUCUCUCUCUCUCUCUCUCUCUCUCUCUCUCUCUCUCUCUCUCUCUCUCUCUCUCUCUCUCUCUCUCUCUCUCUCUCUCUCUCUCUCUCUCUCUCUCUCUCUCUCUCUCUCUCUCUCUCUCUCUCUCUCUCUCUCUCUCUCUCUCUCUCUCUCUCUCUCUCUCUCUCUCUCUCUCUCUCUCUCUCUCUCUCUCUCUCUCUCUCUCUCUCUCUCUCUCUCUCUCUCUCUCUCUCUCUCUCUCUCUCUCUCUCUCUCUCUCUCUCUCUCCCUCUCCCUCUCCCUCUCCCUCCCUCUUCAGCUCUCUCUCUGGUGUGGAAGGGAUACAGUGAAUGGAGCACAAUGUCGCUAAUCGUUUAGUAAUUACUUUAAGUCUAUUGUUGAUACAUAUGAACGCAUGUGACAGGGAACUGUGUCACUGUCUCACAGGCCAAUAUUGAGAUUUGUUGUGUUAUGGUGAAACGUCAUUGUCUUACUAUGAUUCUCUCAGAUAUUAAUGUAUGUAACUGAGGUUCAACAAUACCACAUCUGUCACUGGUGAAAUUUGAAAAGGGUCUUUCGUCCUAAGACACCUCAGAGUAUGCAGAAAAAAAACUGCACUUUGCGAUGCAAGCUGCGAUUCGAUCGACCAACCCCAGUCAACGCGAAAAUAGUUUUAAGAGGAGCAAUAACAUUCAUUUUCUGACUGUUUUGCCCAUGAGUAGAGAAGAGCAGAGCAUAAUAUUGAUGUCCCCAUUAUGUUGCCCCUGAAAUCUAUAUUUUUGUAAUGAUCACUAAAGCACUGAACUAUCAUAAAGGACACAACAACACAGAAACAUGAUAACAGCAGCACUUUAAAAUCAAGCUUGACUCAGAAACGCAGGCAAGAUGGCCGCCCAUACCGCUGCUGCUUGGAAAAUAUACGUAAUUAUGUCUAGAACAUUCAGGAUUUGUAAAAUCUGCUAACAUGUGCAUUGCAAGACCUAACGGUUAGUGUUAUUAUAUUCAAAUGAUGGAAAAAGUGAACUGUAUAAAAUGUAUACAUACUGUAGGUCAAUAUCCUUCUGUCAGACAUUAUGGCUGUCUAUUUUCUUAUGGUUGUGCACUGUAUGUAUGUGUGUGUUUGUUCACAAAAAGUACAGUACAUGUGUUAAUGGACUAGUAUUACUUUAACAUAGCUAUACCAUGUUGUACAAGUGCACAUGACUAUGUUCUGAGUUUUUUAUACUCUGACUUUAAUAUUUCCUCUAUUUAUGUUGUAUUACAACCUCUACUGCAUACUCAGAACUUUAGUUACACUACACACUCAUACAUUUAGUUAAACUACAUACUCAUACAUUUAGUUAAACUACAUACUCAUACAUUUAGUUAAACUACAUACUCAUACAUUUAGUUAAACUACAUACUCAUACAUUUAGUUAAACUACAUACUCAUACAUUUAGUUAAACUACAUACUCAUACACUUGGUUACACUACAUACUCAGAACUUUUUGUUACACUACAUACUCAUACAUUUAGUUAAACUACAUACUCAUACACUUGGUUACACUACAUACUCAGAACUUUUUGUUACACUACAUACUCAUACAUUUAGUUAAACUACAUACUCAUACACUUGGUUACACUACAUACUCAGAACUUUUUGUUACACUACAUACUCAUACAUUUAGUUAAACUACAUACUCAUACACUUGGUUACACUACAUACUCAGAACUUUUUGUUACAAUACAUACUCAUACAUUUAGUUAAACUACAUACUCAUACACUUGGUUACACUACAUACUCAGAACUUUUUGUUACACUACAUACUCAUACAUUUAGUUAAACUACAUACUCAUACACUUGGUUACACUACAUACUCAGAACUUUUUGUUACACUACAUACUCAUACAUUUAGUUAAACUACAUACUCAUACACUUGGUUACACUACAUACUCAGAACUUUUUGUUACACUACAUACUCAUACAUUUAGUUAAACUACAUACUCAUACACUUGGUUACACUACAUACUCAUACAUUUGGUUACACUACAUACUCAUACAUUUGGUUAAACUACAUAUUCAUACCUUUUUGUUAAACUACACAUUCAUACCUUUUUGUUAAACUACACAUUCAUACCUUUUUGUUAAACUACACAUUCAUACCUUUUUGUUAAACUACACAUUCAUACCUUUUUGUUAAACUACACAUUCAUACCUUUUUGUUAAUCUACACAUUCAUACCUUUUUGUUAAACUUUUGGUCCAUAGACAAGACUUUCAUGCAACCUAGCUACUGAUCUUUUUUUUAAAUGACAGGUUUUUCUUCUUGUUCUUCCCUGGUUUGAAGUCAGACUGUUACAUUGUCAUUAUUUAGCAUAGUGAAUCAUUUUGUAUGGAUGUUGUUGAUAUUCUGGUCACCCAGUUGUUUUACCAAACUUCUAUUUCAUUCCUUUGUCUUUUUAUCAUGACCUUUUACACUGUAGACAAAAUUCAAUUUACAGUCUUGGAAUAAAAAACAAUUAUAUCAAGAUUG